AUGUGCAACAGCCUGCCACUGGAUGCGUUUGUCCAGCCCAUGAACCCGGUGCGCAAGCCUUGCAAUCACCGAAUCAUUGCCAAGGGCCAUGCUAACGAUGAUGAGCUGGACAUCAACACCCAAGGUGCGAGUCACUGGGAUGGACUGCGACAUUUUCCUUACCAGUCUACCCUGCAGUACUACAAUGGCAUCACACAGGCAGAUAUUUCUGGGGAGACAGCAAACCUGAAGUUGGGAGUGCAGAAUCUCGCGCACUCAACCAUCACGGGUCGCGGAGUCCUGCUCGAUUGGCUCUCCUGGGCCGAGGAGCAAGGCAUCCACAUCGACCCCUUCGCCACCGACGCCAUCCCUCUAUCCCAGCUCCAAGCAGUUGCCGAAUUUCAACAUGUGACGUUCUGCCCAGGCGAUAUCCUUCUCAUUCGCACCGGCUGGCUCUCUUCGUACCGGGCCCUUUCGACCCCGGAGCAAGCGCAGCUGCCGCAUCGCCGGGUGAGGGCUUCUUGCGGUGUGGAAGCCAGUGAAGAGGUCAUCCGAUGGCACUGGGAGAAUGCAUUUGCGGCAGUCGCAAGCGACACGGUGGCCUACGAAGCGUGGCCUAGCCCUAGGCCUUGUGGGGUCGCGAUACAUGAAGUAUUCCUGAGCGGAUGGGGCAUGCCUAUUGGCGAGAGUUUUGACCUAGAGGCGUUGGCGGACAAGUGCCGCACGCAUAAGAGAUGGAAUUUCAUGUUUGUGAGUGUCCCGUUGGACAUACCUGGCGGGGUGGCAUCUCCUCCGUCUGCCUUGGCCAUUCUCUAG